CGGUGCGUAAAAAGCCUUCCGCCGCGCUGGUUAGAUCCCUCUGCGUUAGAGCGGCGGAGUCUCUGCCAGUGUUAACGUUUUACAUAUUAAACUACACUAAAAUUAAAGGUCACUCCUCCGCUGAUGUCCGCUGAUAUCCGUGCUUUGCUGGGCCGAGCCGAGCCGUGCGUACAGGCGGCGGGGCUGCAGAGAACAACGCUGCAGCGACACGCGCCGAGCGGCGGAGACCGAGCGAACAGCAGCGGAAAAAGCGACCAGCCGCCGCUGACAUUUUAUAUCCGACAAAAGCCGCUGAAAACCGUGUAAUACAGCUCGAAGAUGCCGGGGAUGAUGGAUAAAGGCUCGGAGUAUUUAGGGAAAGGUCGCUCCAAUGGCACCAAGAGUCCGUCCAACGCGUCUAAUGGACAUUUUUCAGACGAAAGCGGCAGCGACGACGAACACGAUGUGGGGAUGCGCGUUGGAGCCGAUUAUCAGGCCAACAUUCCCGAGUUUGACCCCGGUUCCACCAAGUACUCGGAUAAAGACAGUGGAGGGAUGCUGGUCUGGUCUCCGUAUCACACCAUCGUCGACUCCAAACUGGACGAGUACAUCGCCAUCGCUAAAGAGAAACAUGGGUACAACGUGGAGCAGGCGCUGGGGAUGCUCUUCUGGCACAAACACAACAUUGAGAAGUCUCUGGCCGACCUCCCCAACUUCACCCCGUUCCCAGACGAGUGGACGGUGGAGGACAAGGUUCUGUUUGAACAGGCCUUCAGCUUCCACGGCAAGAGCUUCCACCGCAUCCAGCAGAUGUUGCCGGACAAGUCCAUCUCCAGUCUGGUGAAAUACUACUACUCCUGGAAGAAGACUCGCUCCAGAACCAGUCUGAUGGACCGGCAGGCUCGUAAACUGGCCAACAGGAGCAACCAGGACGACAGUGAUGAGGAGAUGGAGGAAGCUAAUCCCAUCGAAGCCAACGACAGCGACUACGACCCCAACAAGGAAACCAAGAAAGAGAACCAGGCAGAGCCGGUGGUGCUGGGCACUAAGGUGGCUUUGGGCCGGCGGGAGCAUCAGACCCUGCAGCACCGGCACCACCAGCGCUCCCGCUGCCGACCCCCCAAAGGCAUGUACCUGACCCAGGAGGACGUGGUGGCGGUGUCCUGCAGCGCCUCCGCCGCCAGCACCCUGCUCCGCCAGCUGGACAUGGAGCUGGUGUCCCUCAAGAGACAGGUCCAGAAUGCCAAACAGAUGAACAGUGGACUGAAACACAUGUUGGAGUCUGGGAUCAAAGAGUACAUCCUUCCUGAGUGUAACCAGAAGGUGAACGCCCGCUGGACCACGGACGAACAACUCCUGGCUGUUCAAGGUGUCCGGAAGUACGGGAAGGACUUCCAGGCCAUCGCAGACGUCAUCGGUAACAAGACGGUGGGACAGGUGAAGAACUUCUUUGUGAACUACCGGAGGCGGUUCAACCUGGAGGAGGUGCUGCAGGAGUGGGAGGCGGAGCAGGGAACCCGAGCUCCCAACGGAGACAGCGCCACCUCUGGAGAGGAGGGCAAGAACAGCUCCACCACUCCGUCGGGAAAAAGCACGGAUGAAGAGGACGAAGAGGGUCAGGUGACCUCCUCGGGUGCUUCUCCUGCCGCCUCCUCGUCUUCUUCGGUUCAGGCUCCGGUGACGUCCAACGCCUCGUCGUCUCUCCACCAGCCCCCUCCCCUUCUGCGCCCCUCCCUCCCAGCCACGCCCUCUCUGCACCGCCAGCCCCCGCCCCUCCAACAACAGGCCCGGUUCCUGCAGCCCCGCCCCACCCUGCAGCAGCCGCCACCCCUCAUCCGCCCCUCCAACCCCCUGCCCCCCCGCCUCAACCCACGUCCUCCAGCUCCCAUGAGCCUCGGCGGUAACCCCGGAGUGUCGGGGCCAGGCUCCGUUCAGCAACCUUCCGGCCUGGGCGUCCACCAGCCGGACAUGGCCUCGUCCUCGUCCCUUCACUAACCAGGGCCGGAUUGAGACCACCUGCAAACAUCUGCAGUGCUGCUGCCUUCAGUUCCUGUGGGAAAUCCAACAGAAUACAUCACUACAUUGCUACUGAUAACAUGGCCACUCCCACCACACGGGGACAUAAAUGUUACACCAGUCUUAAUUUAAUUCGAAGCAUUCUUCUUCAGCAGUCUUUCCCACAGAACGUAAACGUAGCACACGCCUGGUUUUAAAGGUUUUAUUUUAUGGAGGAGGUUGGACUAGAACUCAUUGUGAUUAUUAAAUCUGAGCCUUUCCAGUUGUCGUCUGUUCCCAGCCAGUCGUGUGGUGCUCCACAGGGUUCAGUCCUGGGUCCCUUUCUUUUCUCCAACAGUUCCACAUUUCAAGUGAUGGAGUCACUCCUGGAGCCGUGUAGAUAGCAGCGAGUCUAUAUAUAGGCGAAGGAGGGGACUGUUUAGCAGGUAUGUAGGUUAUGAAGUUGCUAACAAGCUAACAUUUGCCAAUAGAUUUGAGGUAUUUUGACCUGAUGGUGGCACCAGAAAAACGCCAAAGUUCUUUGAAUCCUAACUUUAUUUCGAUCGAUCCAGUGGAUUGAGUUUGUGCUGGUUUCACUGUUUACAGCCGGGUUUAUUCAGAUAAAUGAAAGGAAAUGAUCUCCGACAAUGAAAUGAGAACAUUUGCAUCAUUUCCUUAGUUACUGGUUUCAAUGACAUUUUCAUCUAGCGCCACCCUCAGGACAAAGUUGUAGCUGUAAAUGAAUGGUCAGAGUUGUGGCUGUGAUUGAAAGCGCAGCCUCUUCUGUGUGAGCAACAGGCGCUGGUCAACCGUCAGUCUUGUGUUUAAAGUUUUCUUCUUGUGACUUUCUGUGUUCAUGUCAACACAUGUCAUGCAGAUCCAGACUCACUAGAUGUAGAUCUACUCUUCUCUUGGUCCAAACGUUGGUGUACGUGGGUCUGCUCAUGGUCAGAGGAGAAGAAACCACCAGGUCUAAACUUCCAUGCUUUCCUACAGGGACAGAAACGAAAGACUGCAGUGUUGUGUACAGUUUGGUAUCUUUUUGAGUUUGUGAGUCAGCUGUCAGUAGUUUAACUAACUCCGAUGUACAUUUAGAUGACUUGAUUCUUUUUUGUUUUUAGAAACACUCUUUUUUAUUUCAGUUUGAAACGCCUCCAUCAGCCAAACGAAGGUGGUCCUCACAGCCUCCGCCUGUCCGUCUGUCUCUGGAUUAUUUAUUCUUCUUCUUCCUGGUGCUACCAGUCUGGACUCGGUGUAAAAAUUAAAAAUCAUUGAGGAAGUGCUCUUAUUUCUCUGCGUCGUUGUAACUGGAAUCCUACAGAGUCCUUUGAGUUUGUAAAAUAUUGAUGUUGGGAUGAAGCUGCUUCUUCAACGUCUCAGUCGUUCUCAUUAAAAACUACAUUUCUA